GAUUUGAGGGAAGUAACAAAAAAAGUGUGUAAAAUGUUACUUGUCACAAGUCGUCUCACUUGCCUACGAAGAGGUGUAUAUCAGUUCAGAUGUUUGUCUUCUUGUUUGCAUCCGGUAUGUACAACAGAUGUGACAUCACUUUCUGGAGGAAAAAGGCCUUAUGUACUAUGCAACUCAUUAGCACAAACUUCCCAGCUGCACUGUAGGCAAUUCUCACUGUCUACUUCGAGACUUGGAAUAUUCUCGAAAGAUCCUCCGUCUAUAGACCCAGUGAAAGGUGAACUGGUGUAUAAUGGACCACUAACAUCCAUGGUUAAGAGGAUCAAAGUAUUUUCUCUGGUGACAAGUGGAAUGGGACUUGCGUUUCAACCAUAUUUUAUUAUACAAUCGCAGUAUUCGCUUACUCUCACCCUGGGACUUGGUGGAAUUCUGGGAUUCUUCAUAUUCUGUACUCCACUGUUGUUACAUUACGUUACAAAGAAAUAUGUUUCAACAGUAUACCUCCAUCCUGUGUCAAAGGAAUUUACAGCGACCACAUAUUCAUUAUUUUUACGGAAAAGAGAACACACAUUUAAAGCAAAGGAUGUACAUGUCCCAGAAGUCCCUGGGGCAUUUACCAGUAUGGUUGUCAAUGGCAACACAUCACUAUUCAUGGAUAUGAACUACUUUUCCAACCCUGAUGCUUACAUGCACAUGGUCGGGUAUGACAAGCCAUUUGAUUGGGAGGUUCCCAAGGAACAAAGGGAAACAAAGCAAGACUAUCACAGACAAGUACAUGUACUGUAAAUCUAGAAUUUUACGACAUUGCAGUUUUUGGAUGUCAAGUAUUCAG